AUGGCGCGCACCUUACCAUGGACGGUGGACCAUCUUCCGCCAGCAAAGAAAGCACGAGUGAUCCCCGCGCCUCGUAUCAAGCGCGAGCGGGCGUCCUCACCAACCCGCAGCGAAAGGUCGGCCGACAAUGUAGCUGACCUGGAUAGUCCCUCAAAGGCAACUGCUUCGACGACGGGCCGAAGUCGGAGAACACCUUCAUCCUCUCCUAUUCGAGGGCCUCCAACCACAGAGCUCAUGCGAGAGGGGUACGAUGGCGACGACAUCUAUAUCAUGGUGGAGGACGAGUUUCAAACGGUAGCACAGGCAUAUACCGCACAUCUCCAUCAUGCUGAGUACAAGAGACUCGUCAAGCAAGCACGAGAAGCAGCCCCCAAAGCUCUUCCUGAACCUACAUCGCGCAUGGCCGAGAAAACAAAGAGACGGCUCAGAUCCGCCGCCUUGCACAACAAGCAGAAGGAGACUUUGCGACGAGUCGCCGGAAAUUCGACUCUCGAAGAUGAUGAAGAUGAAGACAAGAUCACCGACUUGUGGUCUGGCACCAGUCUCGCUCCGCUGAUGGCGAGGAGCGGCCAGCAGAAGAUGUCUCUUGUUGGCUUGGAGGGAAUCUCGAGCACUACAAAGGCCGGCAUGGGCCUCGCCAGAAGUCAGAGCCACAGAAAAAACAUCAGAGACGCGGAAGAAGAUGGCCAUGACCAAGUCAAUAUUGCGCAAAACUCAUCCUUAAAACGAGACAAUGUCGACCGGCUCUCGACCUCCCGUGUAAUCGGAAACAAGGCAUCUCUACAUAACGGUCUGCGGAGCACGUGGACAUCCCGAGCUUCCAACAGCAGUGUCCUAGACCGCAGACAGUCUCCAGUGCACAGCAGACCCGAAGAGCGGCCUAAGAAGCACAGAUUCGUUGUAGACCUCGAUGAUUCUUGCCCGGCUGCAACCGUGAGUGGAUCUCAAAAUGAUGGACGCAAGUCGAGAGCAACACCACAAUCAGCUGGCAAACCCUUGUCGAAAGGGAUGACAGAUAAGGUAAAGGACAAGAAAUCGCGACUCGAGGAAGUGCCAAUGUUCAUCAUUUAG